CUCCUCUCGGAGAGAGGGCUGUGGUAAAAGCCGUCCGGAAAAUGGCCGCCGCCGCCGCCGCCGCGCCGAGCGGAGGAGGAGGAGGAGGCGAAGAGGAGAGACUGCUCCAUAAAAGUACAGACUCACCAGUUCCUGCUUUGAUGUGACAUGUGACUCCCCAGAAUACACCUUGCUUCUGUAGACCAGCUCCAACAGGAUUCCAUGGUAGCUGGGAUGUUAGGGCUCAGGGAAGAAAAGUCAGAAGACCAAGACCUCCAGGGUCACAAGGACAAGCCCCUGAAAUUGAAGAAGUUGAAGAAAGAUAAGAAAGAAGACAAAGAGGGCAAGCAUGAGUCUCUUCAGCCAUCUGCCCAUCACUCUGCUGAGCCAGCCGAGGCCGGAAAGGCAGAAACAUCUGAAGGGGCAGGUUCUGCCCCAGCCGUCCCAGAGGCCUCUGCCUCCCCCAAACAACGGCGUUCAAUCAUUCGUGACCGGGGACCGAUGUAUGACGACCCCACCCUGCCAGAAGGGUGGACACGAAAACUGAAGCAAAGGAAAUCUGGGCGCUCAGCUGGGAAGUAUGAUGUGUACUUGAUCAAUCCCCAGGGCAAAGCCUUCCGCUCUAAAGUGGAGCUCAUUGCAUACUUCGAAAAGGUAGGCGACACCUCCCUGGACCCUAAUGAUUUUGACUUCACGGUCACGGGGAGAGGGAGCCCUUCCCGGCGAGAGCAGAAACCACCUAAGAAGCCCAAAUCUCCCAAAGCUCCUGGAACUGGCAGAGGUCGGGGCCGGCCCAAAGGCAGUGGCGCUGCAAGACCCAAGGCCGCAGCGUCUGAGGGCAUGCAGGUAAAGAGGGCCAUGGAGAAGGGUUCCGGCAAACUCCUCGUCAAGAUGCCUUUCCAAGGCUCGGCAGGGGGCAAGGCAGAAGGGGGCGGGGCGACCACAUCCACCCAGGUCAUGGUCAUCAAGCGCCCUGGCAGGAAGCGGAAAGCCGAGGCCGACCCCCAGGCCAUUCCCAAGAAGCGAGGCCGGAAGCCUGGCGGUGUGGUGGCCUCCGCCGCUGCUGAGGCCAAGAAGAAAGCGGUGAAAGAGUCUUCCAUCCGGUCUGUGCACGAGACCGUGCUCCCAAUCAAGAAGCGCAAGACCCGGGAGACUGUGAGCAUCGAGGUCAAGGAAGUGGUGAAACCUCUGUUGGUGUCCGCCAUGGGCGAGAAGAGCGGCAGAGGGCUGAAGACCUGCAGGAGCCCCGGGCGGAAAAGCAAGGAGAGCAGCCCCAAGGGCCGCAGCAGCACCUCCUCGCCCCCCAAGAAGGAGCACCACACCCACCACCACCACUCGGAGUCCCCCAAGGCCCCCGCAGCUCCGCUGCCGCCCCUGCCCCCGCCUGAGCCCGAAAGCUCCAAGGACCCCAAAAGCUCCCCUGAGCCUCAGGACUUAAGCAGCAGCUUUUGCAAAGAAGAGAAGAUGGCCCGAGGAGGCUCACUGGAGAGCGACGGCUGCCCCAAGGAACCAGCUAAGACUCAGCCCACGGUGGCUCCUGCUGCCCCCGCCGCCGCCGCCGAAAAGUACAAACACCGAGGGGAGGGUGAACGGAAAGACAUUGUCUCAUCCUCCAUGCCGAGGCCUAACAGAGAGGAGCCUGUGGACAGCCGGACGCCCGUGACAGAGAGAGUUAGCUGACUUUCAACUGAGGGGAUUGACAAAGCAAACCCACAAGAAUAAAGGCAGCUGUUGUCUCUUCUCCUUAUGGGUAGGGCUCUGACAAAGCUUCCCGAUUCACUGAAAUAAAAAAUAUUUUUUUUUCUUUCAGUAAA